AUGCUCAGAAACACUUUGAAGUUUGUUCAGUCGUCAUCUAAAUACGGAUAUAAUACUGCUAUACGCACAUUGAUGAAUACUCAAUCACACUUAAAUGGCGCUGCUGGCCCUUCUGUACUAUUUGCAGUACAGGACACUGCCAGAGUUAUCACAUUAAAUAGGCCUAAGAAGCUCAACGCCUUGAACACAGAAAUGUCAGAAUCUAUGUUUAAGACCCUAAAUGAGUACGCAAAAAGCGACACUACUAACUUAAUCAUUUUGAAGUCUUCGAACCAACCACGGUCUUUCUGUGCCGGUGGUGAUGUUGCCACUGUUGCAGCAUGUAAUUUCAACAAAGAAUUUGCCAAAUCUAUUGAGUUUUUUACCGAUGAAUAUUCUCUGAACUUUCAAUUAGCAACUUAUCUGAAACCAGUUAUAACUUUUAUGGACGGUAUUACCAUGGGCGGUGGUGUUGGUUUAUCUAUUCAUACGCCUUUUAGGAUUGCUACGGAACACACCAAAUGGGCCAUGCCUGAGAUGGAUAUUGGCUUUUUCCCAGAUGUGGGCUCAACCUUUGCUCUUCCCAGAAUCCUAACUUUGGCUAACUCAAACUCACAGAUGGCUCUGUAUUUAUGUCUUACAGGAGAAAUCAUAAAUGGGGCAGACGCCUAUACCCUAGGUUUAGCAUCUCAUUAUGUUGGCAGUGGUAAUUUAGAUGCUUUACAAAGAAGAUUGGGUGAAAUUAGCCCUCCUGGGAGUAACGGUUCACAAUCUGCAGCCUUCUUUAGAAUGGUCAACGAAUCCAUUAAUGAAUUUCAAUCUCCUUUGCCCAGGGAUUAUGUUUUCAAAUACUCUAAUGAAAAAUUGAACGUAAUUGAGGCUUGUUUCAAUGUGCCCAAAAAUGGUACUAUUGAAGAUAUUAUGAGAAAUUUGAGCGAAUAUGAAGGUUUUACGGAAGGUAAAGUUUUCGCACAAGAAAUUAAAUCGAAGUUGUCCACCAAAUCACCAUCAUCUUUGCAAAUUGCAUUGAGAUUGAUGCAAGAUAAUUCUAGAGAUCACAUUGAGUCUGCAAUCAAAAGAGAUUUAUAUACAGCAGCUAACAUGUGCGUGAACCAAGAUUCUUUAGUGGAAUUUUCAGAAGCCACAAAGCAUAAAUUAAUCGAUAAACAGAAGGUACCUUAUCCAUGGACCAAGAAGGAGCAAUUAUUUGCAUCUCAAUUGACAUCUCUCACGUCUCCUAAACCAACAUUACAAUUAUCGUUAUUAAAGAAUACUUCCAAUGUUACUUGGACGCAAUACCCCUACCAUUCGAAAUAUCAAUUGCCUACAGAAGAGGAAAUUGCCGCCUACAUCGAAAAAAAAGCUAAUAAUGAUACUAACGUUAAAAUCACUGUAGAAGACGUAAUAAACCACUUUGCUAAUGUGAGUCCCUCUAGAAGAGGGAAAUUGGGUAUUCAAUCAUUAUGUAAGGCUGUUUGUGAAAGAAAAUGCCAAGAAUUCAAUGGCGGAUUAAGAUGGAAAUAA